AUGUCCUCCUCCAACCCAAACUUCCCCCCAGCCCCCUAUGAAUCCGGCACACACAUCGCACCCCCUCCGCGUCCCCCAUCCCCCGCAACUGCGGGCUACAGCUUAAACCACUUCAUGAUGCGCAUCAAAGACCCACAAAAGACCCUACGAUUCUACUGCGACUGCCUCGGCAUGCACGUCGUCUUCAUAUUUAACGCCGGACCAUGGGUUAUAUACUAUCUCGGGGGACGAGACGUGAACAUGCAAAACAUCCGCCAAAAACAAGGUCUCCUAGAACUCUACCACAUCCCCGCUGACAUAUCGACCCCCUACGUCUCCGGCAACGACUACUCCGCCCCGGGAGUCGGCUUCGGACAUAUAGGCUUUACAGUGCCCAAUGUGGAUGAGGCGACGAAGCGCGUGCAGGAGUUUGGGUUUGAAGUUAUUAAGCCGUUGGAUCAGGCAAGGGAGGACCAGAUGGCGGUUCCUGACGAGGUGGUGCAGGGAAAGUGGGGGGAGGUGGUGGAGGGAUACAAGAAUGUGUUUAGGCAGUUGACGUUUGUGAAGGAUCCGGAUGGUUAUUGGGUUGAACUUAUUCCGCCAAAGUUUAAAGCGUUGGGCGAAGAGUAG